AUGUCGCGCUUUCGAUUUCGAAGGCAAGAUGGUUACACUGCAGUUCCAAAUGAUGAUAGUGGGUUUUCAGAUGCGCAAUUUGAAGUACCGCCCCCUAGAAUACCUUGGAAAGCUAUAAGUUUAGCUGCAUUUUUAUUUAUUGUGGGCACUAUUCUACUUACGGUGGGCAGUCUCAUUGUAACAGGCCACAUAGACACAAAGUAUUUAGAUCGCUUAUGGCCAAUGAUAGUUUUAGGUGGUAUAAUGUUUUUACCUGGUGCAUAUCACAUAAGAAUAGCAUUCUAUGCUUAUAAAGAAUAUCCGGGGUACAGUUUUGCAGACAUUCCUGAGUUUGAAUAG